UCCGGCGGAGGCUGGGUGUCGCCUGACCGGAUGAUGACAGAAGUUUUCGGUUUAAUGUGGCUACUUUUAUCAUGCAAUCACCCAGCUAAUAACCUCAGCAGAGCUCUGGCCGCAGUCGGGACUCUUGACUCUAAACUGCCGUGUGUUUUAAUGAAAUAAACUCUCAGGGACUGUAACAGCCUGCAGUGCCAUCUGGAAACUUUUGUUUUGCUGGAAGAGCGACCCUUUGGCUCUUAUUUGACCAGGGAGCAGAGCAGGAUAGAGCCCGCUGGGCUGACCGAGGUGCCGCUAUGGGAAACCGGGGGAUGGAAGACCUAAUUCCCCUCAUCAACAAGCUCCAGGACGCCUUCAGCUCCAUCGGCCAGACCUGCAACUUGGAUCUGCCGCAGAUAGCGGUUGUCGGCGGCCAGAGCGCAGGGAAGAGCUCCGUGCUGGAGAAUUUCGUCGGGAGGGAUUUCUUGCCCAGAGGAUCUGGCAUUGUCACCCGUCGUCCUCUCAUCCUCCAGCUGGUUAACUGUAAAGCAGAGUAUGCAGAGUUCCUGCACUGUAAGGGACGUAAGUUUGUGGACUUUGAUGAGGUCCGUACGGAGAUUGAAGCAGAGACUGACCGGCUCACCGGAUCCAACAAGGGCAUCUCCCCCAUCCCCAUCAACCUCCGUGUCUACUCCCCUAACGUGCUGAACCUGACCCUGAUCGACCUGCCGGGGAUGACCAAAGUAGCCGUGGGGGACCAGCCUGUGGACAUUGAGCACCAGAUCAGGGAAAUGCUGAUGCAGUUCAUUACCAAGGAGAGCUGCCUGAUCCUGGCCGUAACCCCGGCAAACACUGACCUGGCCAACUCCGACGCCCUCAAGAUUUCCAAGGAGGUGGACCCUCAGGGUCUACGGACCAUUGGUGUGAUCACAAAGCUGGAUUUGAUGGACGAGGGGACAGACGCACGAGACAUCCUGGAAAACAAACUGCUGCCGCUCCGCAGAGGUUACAUCGGGGUGGUGAACCGCAGUCAAAAGGACAUUGAUGGAAAGAAAGACAUCCGCGCUGCUUUGGCUGCUGAGAGGAAGUUCUUCCUGUCCCACCCUGCAUACAGACACAUUGCAGAACGCAUGGGCACACCACACCUGCAGAAGACCCUCAAUCAGCAACUUACCAACCACAUCCGCGACACGUUGCCAGGGUUACGCAGUAAGCUGCAGAGCCAGCUGCUGUCUCUGGAGAAAGAGGUGGAGGAGUACAAGAACUUCCGCCCUGACGACCCCACACGCAAGACCAAGGCCUUGCUCCAGAUGGUGCAGCAGUUUGGAGUGGACUUUGAGAAGUGCAUCGAGGGCUCUGGGGAUCAGGUGGACACCUCCAACCUGUCAGGUGGAGCAAAGAUCAACCGCAUCUUCCAUGAGCGAUUUCCCUUCGAGCUGGUGAAGAUGGAGUUUGAUGAGAAGGAGCUGAGGAAAGAGAUUAGUUACGCCAUCAAGAACAUCCACGGAGUCAGGACAGGCCUGUUCACCCCAGACCUGGCGUUUGAGGCCAUAGUGAAAAAGCAGAUCAUUAAGCUGAAAGAGCCCUGUCUGAAAUGCAUCGACCUGGUCAUCCAGGAGCUCAUCAACACAGUCAGACAGUGCACUAAUAAGUUGGGAUCAUACCCUCGGCUGAGAGAAGAGACGGAGAGAAUCGUCACCACCUACGUCAGAGAGAGAGACAGCAAGACCAAGGACCAGGUGCUGCUGCUGAUUGACAUUGAGCUCUCCUACAUCAACACUAAUCAUGAGGACUUCAUUGGAUUUGCCAAUGCCCAGCAAAGGACCGCUGCUAACGCCACCAAGAAGAGAGUCAUGCCCAAUCAGGUGAUCCGCAGAGGCUGGCUCACUAUCAACAUCAGUAUCAUGAAAGGAGGAUCCAAGGACUACUGGUUUGUCCUGACGGCCGAGGCUCUCUCCUGGUACAAAGAUGAGGAGGAGAAAGAGAAGAAGUACAUGCUGCCUCUCGACAACCUGAAGCUGAGAGAUGUGGAAAAAGGCUUCAUGUCCAGCAAACAUGUCUUUGCCAUCUUCAAUACUGAACAGAGGAAUGUGUAUAAAGACCUGCGUCAGAUUGAGCUGGCAUGUGACACUCAGGAGGAUGUGGACAGCUGGAAGGCUUCGUUCCUCAGAGCGGGUGUUUACCCAGAGAAAGACCAGACCGAGAACGAAGAUGCAAUGGUUCCCAGCGACACCGUGUCCAUGGACCCGCAGCUGGAGCGCCAGGUGGAGACCAUCCGCAACCUUGUGGACUCAUACAUCGGCAUCGUCAACAAGUCCAUCAGAGACCUCAUGCCCAAGACCAUCAUGCACCUCAUGAUCAACAGUGCGAAGGACUUCAUCCACUCCGAGCUGCUGGCCUACCUGUACUCGGCCGGGGACCAGGGCAGUUUGAUGGAGGAGUCGCCAGAGCAGGCUCAGAGGAGAGAUGAGAUGCUGAGGAUGUAUCAUGCCUUGAAAGAGGCCCUGGUCCUCAUAGGAGACAUCAGCACCACCACUAUUUCUACCCCAGUGCCUCCGCCAGUAGACGACAACUGGAUCGCCAAGGACCCAAGUCCUCCACCAACGUCCCGCCCUGCCUCAGCCACAGCGCCCCCACCCAGCCGCCCCCCAGCGGUGAGGGGGCCCACCCCGGGUCCUCCACCCCCUCUCAACCCUUCACCAGCAUUCGGAGCCCCGCCCGUGCCGUCUCGCCCCCCGGGUCAAACGGGGUACCCGGGAGAUCCUGUGCCUCUCGUCCCCUCCAGGCCGGCCCGCGUGCCUCCUGCGUUGCCUCCUGGGAUUCCCAGGCGACCUCCACAGGUCCCCUCUCGUCCCAACCACUGGUGAAGGAAGAGAUGUCAAGCGCCGUCGGACUGUUUAGCCACACAGUGAGUGGAGUCAGCUGGAAGAGUUCCUGUCUUACAUCUUAAACUGUUGAUGUUUUGCUUUUUAUUAUUAAUUAUGAGAGGUAGCAUCAAAGCCGACACCCUCAGUCGCGCCAUGAAAAUGAUUUUACCGCAAAUAAAUGAAAUAAUAAUUAAAAAAUAUGAUAACCUUUGUAAAUACAGGUAUGUUAUUAUUGCAAAGUUUUUCUAGUAUUUCACAUGAUAACUUGUUUUUCCUCUUUAAUAAAUACUACUGGAAAAUUUAAAUGGCUGCCAAAUCCAAGUGUGGAUGAGUCAAACAGGAAAUGGAAGAAAAAUCUGUGCCAAGUUACAACAUCAAGAAACUGUUUGAAACUGUACUGUCUUGAAACAAAUUUGGCCAAAAUUUAGUCCACACAGUAGACUGGCAUUUCUUCCUAUAGGACUAAAGAAUAAAGUCAUUUACACUCCUGUAAUAUGUUUUCUUCUUAUGUUGCUAGAUACUGUUAAAUGUACAAUAUGUUAGUUCACACCAUGAACAAUUUAAACUUACUCACACUCCUCUCUGGCAGCUACAUUUGUCACUUAACACUUUAUAAUAAAUCAGAAAGCCGCAGGGAGCAAAAAAUAAUUAUAAUUCAGAUCAUAAUUUAUGUCUUGUAGGUUUGACCCUAAAUAGUCGUCGAUUCCAGUAAGUAGUCUGAUUCAGAAAAUGUGGUUUUGAAACAAAGGAUCAUUCCAUUCAGGUUGUAUGGGGGUGCUGACUGUCU